AUGGCGGGGCCGUCGACGUUCUGGAGGGAUGGAAGGGGGAAGAGCAUCAGGGAUGGCGGGGCCGUCGACGUUCUGGAGGGAUGGAAGGGGGAAGAGCAUGCACGCCGUAGUGAGCAUUCUGGAUCGGCGGGAGACACUGGUAAUCUCGAGGCAAAUACCGCAUCGAUGCACUUUUGGUGGGAAGCCGUUUCGGUCGACCAAUAG